GACGACACGCGAGGAGUUGACCGCCGCCAUUUUUCUUCUCGAGCCCUGGCCGAGGAGCAUUCGCUCGCCCGCGCCAGCAUCACGCCAGUGUAGAAUGAUCGCCUGAGGGCGACGCGUCGAGUGGUGGCGGCGGCCGGAGUGGUAAAGUGUGGAGACAGUUGUGCUUAUCCGCGGCCGGCUUCUCCGAACGCGUGCGUUUAUAGAGACCCCCCCCCCCCCCCCCCCCCCAUGCCCUCGUAACACGUGCCAUCUUCUUGCGCUGACGUGACUCUCGAUUCGUUGUUAUGUGUGCGACUUGAUUUACUUUUUAUUUCUUUCUCCUUUCCUUAUCCCGGCCGCGCCGAGACUCGCGACGGGCCAACGGCGCUUUCUUGCGCCAAGGCUGGUGAGACGUGUGGGUGACAUUGGGGCUCGUAGCCAAUCGCGCGGGGCUCCGCACGCUGGCCUUCCGUCGCUGGGCGAUUGCUCGAGAGGAGCUUCCCGAGCGCGUUCUCGAUACUGCCCCCGGAACGACCGACUGACGCCUUGCUGCUCGGAAUAUUACGUCGGUCUCCGUGGUCGCCUUUGGCGCGACGCUCUCGAAAAGAUGCCGGCCGACGAACACAGCAACUCCCCGCUGCCGCCCGAGGACAGGCGCUCGGACGUCUCCUACAAGAAGGUGGGCCUCUUCAACGUCCAGGGACUGCUGCUCCAAGAGAACGAGUUCGACCGCGACAAGAUCCGCAAGGUCCUCUGGUUCAAACCGUUGCCGGGAGACAUCUUCGUCGGCUCCUACCCUCGGUCCUGCUCGACCCGGGCCCAGUACAUCAUCUGGUCCCUGCUCCACCCGGGUUCGCCCUUGCCCGACUUUCACACUCUCCUGACCAAGGAGUUCCCCUGCAUCGAGGUCGUCGACGCCGACACCGUUUGCGUCAAGGAUGGCGCUCCCCGACUCGUCAAGCACCACCUGCCGUACGCGUUCAGCCCCGCUAGUCCCGAGGCCAGACACGUCGUCGUGCUGAGAAACCCUUUCGACGUGUGCGCCUCGAACUACGUCCACCUGGGCAAAAGCUACGAAGGGACCUUCGCCGACUUCUUCGAGUGCUUCACCCGGGGAGAGGUCGCGUUCGGGGACUACUUCGACCACGUCCUGUCCUGGUACGACCGCAAGGACGACCCCAGGGUGCUGCUGCUCUGCUACGAAACGAUGCGAAGGGACCCGCUGGGUAGCGUCAAGCUGAUCGCGGACUUCUUGGACAUCCGCACCGACGCUGACGUGGUCAGUCAGGUGGCCAGAGACACGGGGCUCGAGGCCACCGUGGCCGGCCGGAGCGACCUGGAAGAAGAGGUCUUGAAGGGCAAGGUCGGCUGCUACAGGGAUUACUUCUCGAAGCAGCAGCAUCGCGUGCUGUCGGACAUGACGAAGGAGAAGCUGGCUCGAACGGAGCUCCUUGGAGUGUGGAAAGACUUCCUGCAGUGAUCGGGACAAGCAGGGGUGAGGGACGCCAGAGGCUGUGGUGUGUGCCUUCGAGACCGCGACAAGUGCGGUGUUCUAGUUUUUUUUAAAUGUGGUGACUGACACACUGUUUUUUUGUGUGUGUGUGUGCUGCUUCGAGUGUGGUGCUUGGUUGUUAGAAAUGUCGUGGCGAUCGAGACGGCGUUGUUUUUAGUAUUUUGUGCCUGGGACAAGCAGUGCAGACGAAGAUCGGGAAACAGUUCGCCGUGUUCUUUUUACCACAUUUGUUUGGACACCGGGGGCAGUCACAUGUAGCUUCCGUUGCGUGAGUGGUGUAUAUAGACAGUGUAAAUGAUUUCACUGCGGUGUGAGUGUUUUUUAUACCCUUGGUCAGAAUUUCUGGAAAUAUCGGUGACGCAAUAAUAAGCCUUACGGCACAGCUCAAACACACGUUUAUCCAUGAGAACCAAAUGACAACAGUGGACAACCUUCUGUGGGAUACAUAUUUCUUUGUGUUUAUAGCGACGUCUAGGAUUCUUAAAUUUCGACGGUCAUUUCGACGUCGCACCACUUGCAUAGUGGGGCCUGCUUUACAUUUUCUUUUUCAUAUCAGGGAGUCGUCUGCUGUAACGACGAGCCGACUUUGCCUUCAAACACUUUUAGGAGAGGUGCAUUUAUUUUAAACACAUACUUAGCAAAUAUAUUUGCGUGCUAGGUUUAUGUUCAUUCUUCUUUCUUUUCGCUUUCUGUACAAAGGCUGUGGUUUACGUAACGUUUGGCUUGCCAAUGAGGAUCUACUGUACGACACCAAGCAGUGGACGACGUCCAGCAUCAAUCGCCGCACCGCUGCCAUGCGAGGAAAACAAGCGUAAUUAAUAAAGGCUUUCUGCGUCA